UAGAAACCAAUAGUUCACUAACAUUUUUGUUUAAUACGUUUAUUGUGUCUUGACCUCAUACACUCUUUUUUUUUUUUUAAUGUCUUUAGCGAUGGACUGUGAUAUGGCACCUCUUCUGAAGUGUGCUGCCCCACGUAGUCGAGCAUUUUUCUCUGGUAUGAAGAAGCAAGCUGCCAUGCCAACACCACAGAUGAAGACCUGUAGUAUGCCACAGCAGCUGAGCUAUGAUUUGGAAAUGGACGAAGAGUGCUCAGUCAAACCUUCACCCAAGCAGCCACCCAGAGACCCUUUGCUGCAGUUGAUCUCCCUCCAGAAGGCGUCUGGCAGCUGGGAGCUGGAUUCAGCUCUGGCUGCUGCACUGGGAAAAACCAGCAAGGAGGUGGAAAAGGCAAAGCCUGCAUCGGUGAACCAGGAAGUGUGGGCCACCAUUCUGGCUCUGAUCUGGCUUCAUGGUUCCAAGAUGGAUGCUAAGGAUGAGUGGGAGCUUCUGGCCAUGAAGGCUGUGUCAUGGCUCCGUGCUCAGAAUGCACCAUAUGUGACAGAGUGUGUGGAAGCUGGAAAUACUCUGUUGGGUUUCAAGGUGAAGAAAGACGCCCUGGGACUCUGAAGUUUCACUGAAGGGGUUUCUCUUUAGGAUUGGUACCCUGAAGCAGAUUCACUUUAUCAACACUGCACCAUACCAUCUACCUAGUAACAAUUAAAUCCCAUUCUUUUCUGUUUUCAUUUGGCAUUUCUCCUUGUUGAUAUGUUUAUUGGUCUUUUGAAUCAGAACAAAUUUGGUUUUUCAUUGUAAAAGUAAAUAAAGUAAAUUUAAACUUGAAUGUAAAUUUGUGUCUGAAACAACUGAAAAUUAAAAUUGGAGCUUUGAACAAAA